GGAGAUGGUGAGAGGAGAGUGGGUGAAGGAGGGAGCUGUGGUCAUCGACUGCGGAAUCAACUACGUCUCAGAUGAGACGAAGGCGAGCAGGAAACGGGUGGUUGGAGACGUCCACUACUCCUCAGCCAAAGAAAGAGCAGGAUUCAUCACACCUGUUCCAGGAGGGGUGGGGCCCAUGACAGUGGCCAUGCUCAUGGAGAACACGGUGCAGAGCGCUCAGCGUUUCCGCCUGAAGGGCAGGUGAAACUCAGACACUGACAGGCAGACAGGUGUGAAGAGGUGACCAGGAAGAAUCAGUGAUGGAAGACUCCCACAUUUAAAUGGCAUCUUCAGAUUUGAACAAAUAACCAUUUCAGAGGACGGAGAGCAGAUUGUCAUCAGUUCUCUGCUCUACAGCUUCAACGACCUCCUUAUUUUUUUCAAAUUCUCUUUUGUAUAAUUUAUUUCGUAAUCAAUGUUUUUUAUGCUUCUGCUCCGGCCUCCUCCUAAAUGUAUUUUCUCAUAUUUUUUAAUCUAAUUGAUUAAUUUAUUCAUAGUAAAAUCUAAUUAUUCACAGAAUGUUCACAGGAUGGAAACCAGAAGACAUGAAGAGUAGAGACUCAUCUAACUUGCUGUUCAUCAGGCUGUUGGUCAUGUUUCCUUUCAAAAUGAUAAACUGUGAGAAGUUUAUUUGAGACUGUCCUCGAUAAAAAGCAGCAGCUCUUUCUGACCUACAGUCGGAUUUCACUGUGACAGCUCCCCCAGUGGUUGCAGUUUAAUGAUGAAGGAACAACUCAGGCAGUCCGGUCCUUAUAGAGCUACAAAGAUGGUGCGAGGAGGAGAUUGGGGUGGAUGGUUGGGUCACCCAACCAUGAUGACACACAGAACUUAUCUGAAGCCAAACCUAAACCUAGUCAUGUUUAGACCACACAUUACAAGACUUGAAGAAUAAUGACACAUCACACACUAUAGGAUAUUAUUAAAAUGCCAGAGGGAGCAAUCAGGGAGCACCACCUCACAUGAUCUCAUGGGGAAACAGAUGUAAGCAAUAUGGAGACUUUGGUGCAACAACUUGCUAUAACGCUCACGACACUUUGCAGUGAGAAAAAUAGCAAAAGCAGAAAGUUGAAUGACUCUGGAAAAGAAAAUGGUUGGCAAGAUGUGAUCAACAUCGUUAAUUUAUUCAGAGAAAACUGGAGGUGAGACUUUAACUAUCGAUUUUAAUACCUUUAGCUAACCUUAGUCUCAAGGGCGAGAUUGUUCAGCAUUGCCCUGCUCAGGUCACUUUUGUGAUAACAGUAACCACCACGAUUUUUACUACUAGAUAUCAAACAUGUUGGAUGUUAUUGCGGUAGUGUGAGCCCAGUGUAAACCCAACAAACGGUUGGUUUGUGUAGUUUAUGCUGCUGCAGGUUUAACAUUUUCCGUUUCCCUUAAUUUUCUCUUUUCUACUUUUUUACAUGAAAAUCACUGUGAAUUACAAUUAUUUUGAUACAAAAUGUAGCAAAAAAUAAAUAUGAUGAAAACAAAAAA